AUGCCGAUGCAAGACGGUGGCCCAGACUCGCAUGACAUGUCGGACGCCAGACAUGUUCUUUGGAGCAUGCUGACUUGUUCUGAAAGCAUCACAGAUCUGGAUGAUGUGUUUGGAGCCUACGACAAAGCUCUUCAGACAGUCACAGGAACAGGGUCUACGAUGCAGGACCUCCUUGAUGGCUUAGCACGAGAGUUGUAUAGCCGCGUCCGGAAAUGCGCCUCCAUCACAGAGUCUAGCCAAGUCAUCGCUCAGCAGGAAGCAUUCCUCCAGGCAGCACCAACUGAAUACCUCGCGUUGCAUCUUCGACAUGGGUUUCUGGGCGAUCUAUAUGAGCUCCGAUCGGAGCAAACUGAACACUUCGAAAUGCAGUAUGGCAUCAAUUCUGGGUUCUCUGACCUCGAAGACUUGGAAAAGGCCUACAAGCACUGGCGCGCGGCGAUCGCUCUGACUACCCCAUGCGAGGCUCGGUCCAUCUGGUUGAGCCGUAUGGGUAGCCGAAUCGUCAAUACUUACUAUGACACUCGACUCGCGGAUAAACAAAAUCCUGAUCGCCUUGAUGAAGCAGUCGCUUACCAUGAGGAGGCCCUGCAAGGCAUUUCUCGAGAUCAUCCCGAAUAUCCCAUCCACGUUUCUCGGCUGUCCAUUGCAUCUGUGCAUCGCUCCAAGGCGCGACUGUAUGCGCCUGUAGAGGGCAUGCCCUUAGACCCUUUCAUUGAAAUCCUUCGCAGAAUAGAGACGGAACCAGUCAUGGUGCGACGUCGCUUUGUUACCUCUAAUUCGACAUUCACUCUCCAGCGAUUCGAGAGCACCAAGGCGACUGGAGAUACCUUUUUCUAUACCAACAGGGAGCUGGCGUUGCAAGGCUAUGCGAGGGCGUUGGAGCUCUUGAUUCAGCUCGCCUGGGUUGGCACGGAUGUACAACAGCAGCGCAAGGAAUUGGUUAGCUGUGCAGGUGGUAUCACAAGCGACGCUGUAGCCUGCUGUAUCCAAUACGGCCAUCUCGAAGGCGCCGUUGAAUUCGUAGACCAAGGCCGUUCUGUCAUUUGGCAGUCAGCCUUACAGAUUCGAAUGCCUCUUGGCGAUCUAGAAGCUGCUCAACCCGUCAUGGCGCAGCAAUUACAGGCGAUAGCUAACGAACUUCAAGGCCUAGAAGCAGGGGAUGAUGCUCGCCGUCGUACGCUGGCUACACAGUGGGAGCAGCUCGUGGGCAUGAUCAGAAGUAUCCCAGGCUUUUCCGAAUUUACCCAGCCCAAACGAUUCCAUGAUCUAGCGAAGGCUGCAGCGUUCGGCCCCGUGGUUAUCGUGAACGUGUCUUCAUUCCGGUGUGAUGCUUUGAUCAUAUCCUCCAAAUCUGAAGCUGUCCGACACGUCCCCCUUCUCGACGUCAGCCAUCGCCAUAUCGAGAAACUUCUUUUAGAGCUAAGACAAGCUCUGGUCACCUCAGGACGCGACAUACGAGGUGCAGCUCGCCAUUGGCAACAGCAAAAGGCACGACAAGUCGAUGGUGAUUCCAUAUUGUCGAAAAUACUCGCCUUCUUAUGGGACUUCAUAGUUUAUCCCAUCAUACACGCUCUUGGAAUACACAGGAAUGUUUCUGGCACCCUUCCUCGUUUAUUUUGGUGCCCAUUGGGGCCACUUGCCUCUUUCCCUCUACACGCAGCGGGAAAAAAUGACGUGAAUGUCAUGGAUUUUGUUGUGUCAUCUUACAUCACAAACCCUAGCUCGCUUCUUAGAGCCUCCUUGUCCAAGUCUCUCAUUGGGGCCCCUCGCGUCCUCAUCGUUGCCCAAUCGGACACACCGGGUUCUGCUCCCUUACCUAUGGUCCCAGUUGAAGUGGAUGUCAUCCGUCGCAGCCUAGGCGAUGAUACGUUGACCAUCUUGUCCGGCCCAGAAGCCACUGUUCAAAAAGUUGAGGAUGCAAUGUCCCACUGCCAAUGGGUUCAUUUCGCAUGCCACGGCGUUCAAGAUGGCCUUAAUAGUAGAUUUAUGCUGCACGACGCCCCUCUCUCGCUGGAGAGGAUCAUGAAGCGAACAAUUCGCAAUGCGGAUCUUGCAUUCCUCAGUGCAUGCCAAACUGCUUCUGUUGAUACUCAGGUUCCAGACGAGGCGAUCCACUUUGCAGGUGGCCUUCUGUUUACCGGCUUCCGAAGUGUUGUUGCGACCUUGUGGUCCAUCAAUGACGACGAUGGUCCGGAAGUCGCGGGAAAUUUUUACUCCAAGCUGCGUGAGCGACACUCUGUUCACGGAGAACAAGCUGCUUUCGCAUUGCAUCAUGCAGUACAAAGAAUGCGUGUCAAAAACAUCGAGCCCAUGAGAUGGAUCCCAUUUAUUCAUGUUGGGCUGUGA